GAAGUAGGAGUUCGUCUCUGCCAGGUCCACGUUGAAGAUGUCAUCGGUGAGCUCCUUCUUCUCGAGGUCUGUCAGCUCCUCCCAGAAAUUCAGGAGGAGAAUAUAAAUCAGUCACCAGAUGGAGGCAACUACCUGUGUCAUUUCAACCUGAUAAUGGCGGAAUUUUCCACUGAAGUUCUUCAGGAGAUAAGGGGAAAAAUAGCACAAAAAUUGGAGUCAACAACUGGAAUGUUUAGAGAAUGAAGCUCACCUGUUGAGAGCCGAAGCCGCACUGUAGCCCACAGGCCUCCUAUCAGAAUUCAACCGGUUCAUCGUUUUAAUCAUCUGGUCUUUAUCGUCUUUUUAACCGUUCACUUUCACAUUGGCCGAAAUGUCAGCGAUGUUGGCGUGACUUCACCGCUCGCCUCAGUCCCCCCUCAUGUUCACAAUCAACACUGACAGCGAGAAGAUACCAGUUGAAUUCCAUUCAAAACGUGCGACAGACCGUGAUGUACUGAUUGGCGUUGAUUUACGGCGACUACUAGACCUGAGCGUUGACCCGGAAAAGACCGAUGAUUUUCGUAAUUGGCCGAGCUGAUCGACCUUGGUCUUGGAGAAGUUGAGUUACGUUUCAAACAGACUUGUUCGAAGCCCUCAAUGCGCUCUACAAAAAAGGUGUUCCAUUCCUCGAAUUCGAGCAGUUUCAACAUAAAGGCAGGGGAUUGCGGGAGGGAACCGAGACAGGGAGCCAGAAGAAACAAAGAAAUCAACAAAUGCUUCAUUUUAUUCUAAAACUAAACUGAAGCCCAAAAUUAUUGUGAAACUUGUCGAGUGCUUCGAGAAUUGCGACUGAAGUAGAGAUAAGGGCAGUGACGCUGAAUGCGAUUUAGGGGGACGAGAAUCAUGAAUACAUCCCUGAACCAUCGCUCGAGAUCUUCUACGUCACGAAAAACACAAACAUUUGAUCAUUUGAUGUGAGCAGUCAUAAUGGCAUUCACCGGGUUCUUUUGAUCGAUCGAUUGCUCUCGUUAUCGAGGACUAUUGCGAGUGCUAAUUGUUCUGAUUGCAAGUGCAUUCUCCCAGGAAGAGGGGAUUCUCGGGGUUUUUUCACUGGACAUCAUGACGAAGGAUGACAGAAAACAUUCGAAUAGCAACGAGUCGAAGAGAUCGUCUGCUGAGGCAGGCCCAGAUCCCUCAGCUCCCAUCACCAGGAGGGGAAUCUUAACCUCGCUUAUGACUGGAAAACCUAUGGAAAUUCCGGAGCAAGACAUUCUGGGAAAAUGCAGAUUUGUCUCAGAAUUCGAGAAACUGAAUCGAAUAGGUGAAGGCACCUACGGUAUAGUUUACCGAGCGAGGGACACGAAGACGGACAAAGUGGUUGCCCUGAAGAAGGUUCGAAUGGAGCACGAGAAGGAUGGACUCCCAGUGAGUGGUCUCAGGGAGAUAAGUGUCCUUCUCUCCUGUCGACACGAGAACAUUGUCCAGCUGAGGGAGGUCGUGGUGGGCAGGAGUCUCGAGAGUAUUUUCCUGGCGAUGGAGUACUGCGAGCAGGAUUUAGCAAGCCUCCUGGACAACAUGCAGACCCCCUUCUCCGAGAGCCAAGUGAAAUGCAUUGUCCUGCAGGUGCUGAAGGGCCUGCGUUAUCUCCAUCGUAACUUCAUCGUUCACAGGGACUUGAAGGUCUCGAAUUUACUCAUGACUGAUAAGGGAUGCGUCAAAAUCGCUGAUUUCGGCCUGGCCAGGUGGUUUGGACUGCCACUGAAGCCUAUGACUCCCAGGGUCGUCACUCUGUGGUACAGGGCGCCUGAACUCCUGCUGCAGGCGAAGACUCAGACGACUUCGGUCGACAUGUGGGCCGCUGGGUGCAUCCUAGGGGAACUGUUGGGCCAUAGACCAUUACUCCCAGGCAGAUCAGAGAUCCAGCAACUGGAGCUGAUUGUCGAUCUCCUGGGGACCCCCUCAGAGGCGAUAUGGCCGGAAUUCAAUUCCCUCCCAGCCCUCCAGAACUUCUCGUUGAAACAGCAGCCCUACAACAAUCUCAAGCAGAGAUUCCCCUGGCUGAGUGCUGCUGGAUUACGUUUGCUUAAUUUUCUGUUCAUGUACGAUCCCAAGAAACGUGCGACCGCCGAGGAAUGCCUCCAGAGUAGCUACUUCAAGGAGGCUCCACUCCCAUGUGAUCCGAAGCUCAUGCCAACAUUCCCACAGCACAGGAAUAUGAAGAAGUCGAGUCAGUCGAAGGAGAUCAGAGAGUCUGAGGUACUUGCCAGCGAUCAGACUAGUAACUUGCCUGCUAUCUCUGAUUUACUUGGAUCUCUAGUGAAGAAACGACGAGUGGAAUAGUCUGCACAAACCAAUGCUGUUGCCCGCAAUUUCCCAUUUUCAUGGAUUUUAUAGACUCAUAAUGACUGAGACUACAUGCAUAAGAUUUUAAGACUAAUUAUAAAUGAUGGUAUCGUCAAUAAAUCGAUGUUUCAGCAAUUGAUCAGCAUGAAAUUGAAAAACAAGUGGAGUUGGUGACAUGAGACGAGAUGAUCAUCUUCUUCUGGAGUUGACGUGAGUUUUUUGGAUAUUUUUUCUGAAAAUAAUUUCGGAUAAAAUUAGAACUCCUCUUCGUUUGUGGAUGGAGGUGAGAGUUGAGAAGACACUUGGAAUUAUUGAGGGAAAAUUCAUGAAAUUAAUCAACAAUACUGCGAUGGGAGUGGAACCUGGGUUGACAAAUUGGCAAAUUGUUUUUGUCUUUAUUUUUGCUAGUGAAUUAGCAAAAUGCUUCUGAAUGGUCAUUUUGUGCAUAAUUUUCUUCGAUCGUAUAUCAUUUACUGUUUUAUAUCAUCUUGUGCAAUUGAAUUAUAUUUUUUCUUCAAUCAAUAGUGUUAGAUUUCUUGUGAAAAUUCUUGUAUAAAUCAAAUGAAAGAAUUAUGCUAUCUAUAUUACCUCGAAACUUCAAUAAAAUGGUAUUGGAAAAACUU